AUGGCAGGGGAUGAAUCAGAAACACAAUCGUUGAAGAAACUGUAUCGGGACUUUGGAGGGAGCACGACCAUGCAUGGCAUUAAUCGAGUGCUUACCACCACCAGUAAAUGGAAACGAUUGGUGUGGUCAGUGCUGUUUUUGUUUGGUGUCGGAUUUGCAGCCUAUCAGUUUGUGACCACUAUAACUGACUUCUAUAGUUAUCCAGUGACCACGGUGGUCACCCUGAAGCACGAAGUGUACGCGGAGUUUCCAGGGAUCACGAUCUGUAACCUGAACAGAAAGAGGAAGUCGAUGAUUAGUCCUGAACUGCUGGAAGCCACUUCAGGAUUUGUAGAGGUUACUUCUGUGUUUGUAAAAGUGUCUUUAAUUCUCUCUGUAUCUGUUUACA